AUGUCCCACCAGGAGGCAAAACCCUCCACUGAGGAUUUGGGGGAUAAGAAGGAAGGAGACUACAUUAAACUCAAAGCCAUCGGACAGGAUAGCAGUGAGAUUCACUUCAAAGUGAAAAUGACAACACACCUCAAGAAACUCAAAGAGUCAUCCUGUCAAAGACAGGGAGUUCCAGUGAAUUCACUCAGGUUUCUCUUUGAAGGUCAGAGAAUUGCUGAUAAUCAUACUCCAAAAGAACCGGGAAUGGAAGAGGAAGAUGUGAUUGAAGUUUAUCAGGAACAAAUAGGGGGGUCAUUCAAUGGUUCCUGGACCCUGUUCUUGGUAAUGGGGGAUCUGAACCCACAGGUGACCGUGCGACUCCUGGCCCUGCAGUUCAGCACACUAGUACCUGUGCCAUCAAUGCUUGGCCCAUUUUUGGUCUUCUAA